CGCGUCCAAGAUGUUACGAAGACAAGCUAGACAAAGACGGGAAUAUCUUUAUCGAAAAUCACUAGAGGAGCAAGAGAGAUCGAUUUAUGAAAAGAAAAAGCGUUUAAAAUUAUCACUAAGAGAUGGAAAAACGAUCCCAACAGAGCUGAGAAAAGAUGAAGCAGAGCUGAGAAAAGCCAUAGAGUUUGACGAUGAAAAACAUGAACGUGUCAGUAGUCAUGUUGAUGAYGAGUAUGCCUGGUCAGGAGUAGAAGACCCUAAGGUCAUGAUCACUACAUCACAUAGCCCGAGCUCAAGACUUAAACAGUUUGCAAAGAUGGACUGGUUGUAUGYCAUCUUCCUUUUGGCCCAACAGCUUACUUUACAUUAUCCAAUACAGUGAUGAGACAUGACAUCCCCAAGACUGCUAACAUGUCUGAAGCAUAUCCACACCUGGUYUUCCAUAACUUCAAAACUAAACUUGGUGAAAGAGUUCAGAACAUCUUGAAGUACCUUUUCCCAGUGCCUAAAGAUGAAACCAGAAGAGUAAUAACAUUUGCCAACCAAGAUGACUAUAUCUCUUUUAGGCACCAUACUUACAAGAAAGUCGAGGGGCAAAUAGAACUUCAUGAAGUUGGGCCAAGAUUUGAAAUGAAACUGUAUGAAAUAAAACUUGGUUCAGUCGAUCAAACAGAAGCAGACACUGAGUGGCGGYUACGACCAUAUAUGAAUACCGCAAAGAAACGGAAAGCCCUGAGCAUUGAAUGAUGAAAGUGAACAGCAUGAACAAUAAUAUUUUCCAUUCUAUUAACAUUAACAAUCUUUAAAAACUCAUGAAUAAUUCAUAAGGAUAACCUCUUUCACCUCCUUUCACAAUUUUUCAUGUUUUUUGCUUUUUUGUCUUCUAUUUUUAUUUAUACAAGGUGAUGAAUUGUGAAUAAACCAUUAUGUUAUGCUAUGUUAUGUUAUAAGUCUUAGAUCCAAUAGCAGUUAUUAUGGAUGCAUGCAAAUGAGACAACAAGCAUUUAUCGACCCAAUAGCCUCACUUGUAUGAUUCUGUAAAACAAAAGAUUAUCUUGGUCUAUUGCGGUCUCAACUGUAAUAACAGCUAUUUGGGGUGACCCCUCCAUGGAACUUUAUACCUGAUAAAUUACAGGAAGGGUGACUUUAUCAGAGAUAAAGUUGCAUCCAAGUUUAAACUAAGACUUUUAGAGCCCUAUCAAGAUCCGUCUAAUGUACUAUCAUUGUCGACCCACAAAUGCUUGUUGACUAGUGCCCCUGUCUUAAGUUAGGUAUGUUGUCUUCAAAUUGUGGGAGCCUUUUUGGAAUCACUGCGCAUGGCAGUGACGUAUAAACCUCUAUCGAAGUAUAAAGCAAAACGUUUGUGAAUUAUUCAUGAGUUUUGCAUCCUCGGGAACCCAGGGGUAAAAUGCUGUUACUCGUUUCUAGUAGCGAGAAACAAACUGCAGAAUGUUACCACUGGGUAAAAAAWGGAUGGAGUUUUUGAAGCUGCUUAGUAAACUUGAAGAUUGUGUUUUAUCAGGUUUUAAACCAAUCGGCUACCAUCYUYUUAGACCUGGUAAAACAMAMUGGCUCGUUUAAUAAACAUCACGUAGAAUAAGCMUUUUCAUAGUUUAAKAUUCGAUUCCACUGCGCAUGCGAUUUUAUCUCGAAUUUCUCACUCACCUUUUGUCUAAACCUUCUUUUG